UAAUAGUUAUUACAAGUAUUAUUUUUGAAAUUUGUACUAUUAUUUGGGAUCCUCACUCCUUUUGAACCAAAGCACCCUAAGAACCCCAAAUCUUGUUUUUGUUUAUACGGAGGUACAAAUCAGGCUUGGAGUUUGAAUCCCGAAUCCUCGAACCAGGAAUGUCAGCAAUCAGAAACGCCGCGAGAUUGAUCUCCGGAACCGCGCGCUUUUCUCUCGUAGGGUUUUCACCUUCGCCGCCGGCGAGGAGCGCAUUCCGGUCCGCUGAACGUGCAAUCAGCUCAUAUCCUCCUCGAUGCGCGGCGGCAGCGCCAGAUGCGACCCACCUCGAGAAGAAGUUGCCGCGGCGGCGACUUGGGAAGGUCUACAACUUCCUCCUACAGGACGGCAGCGGGCUCUUCGCGAAUAAAGAAGUUAUUCCUAAGAUCACUCUAAAUCAUGUUUCUGUGAGCUUUACUGGGCAAGGAGAAUCUACUAGCAAGGCUAAACCCACUACAGAAGCAAAUACCAAGGCGCAUAAAAAGCGUGCGAGCCCCUCCUCAAAAAAGAAGGGAAAGAACCCAAAUACAAAUGCAAGUGCAGAAGCCAAGCCUCGCAUAAGGAGUAUUAACACAGCUGGAACCAGGGUUGUUUUGCGGCUAGAUGUCCAAAAUGCAAGUUGGCUGAAUGAAAGAGUUAGGGAGAGGAUCAUGUUGAUGGAAAAAGAUAGGAUUAAAGAUGGCAAGCUCGAGCUUACUUCAUCAAAGACUAGAAAACAGGAGAAUAACUACGAAGAGGCUGUUUCAAAGAUGAACAAACUACUAGAAAAAUUUCAGGCCAUUAUCAAUGCUGCUUCAUAUUCACCAUUGCCUACUCCGAAGAAGGUAUUGGACAAGAUUGCUAAUGCCUCUACACAUGAAGAUCACAUCUUAUGUGAUGCCAUUUGAUUUCAUCAUUUAAUUACAGUAAUUGAUACUCCAUAUUUCAACUACUAAAUUUGGAUGAAAUUUAAUCGUGUUGCAAAAUAAGCCUCAUUAUGGCUGGCUGUUCUUUCUUGGAAAUAUUCUGUAUAGGCCUGCAUUUUACUACAACGUGGCUUUCAACUUGGCAAGGAUUCGAAUAUGAACUGAUAGUACAAGUUAGUUUAGAUUGCCUGGUUCAAAUCUUUCAACUCUAUGCGGCAAGAUCUUCGCCCAAAUAUUCAAGGAAAUUCAAAAAAUCCGCUAAUUCUUCACGGAUUCUUAGCGGAUUCUUUGCCUUAAUUCCGAAUUCUACACCGUCAAAUCGUGAACCUUGAUUCUUCGCGGAUUCUUCGCAUGUUUGAAGAUCCAGGUUUUUUCGAAAAUCCCUAAUCGCGAGUAUUCCAAAAUUCCUAAUCGCGAGUAUUCUCCAUUGAUUAAAAUCUCUAACCGCGAUCGCUCAGAAGAUAUUACUGGCUUCAAACUUAGGUGAAGAGAAUGGGAGAGCAUUUUCGACAUGUAGGAAAAAUGUUAUUAUUACAUUACAACUUGAAUUUUAUAGCACGAAAAUGUUAUUGCCUGCAUUCUGCAUGUGGUGUUUUAAAUGUCACCCCAAAGAGGGGAGACCCCAAACUAACUCAGUUGCACUCUACGAACUCUGGUAGCACCCAUCAUGUCAUCAGCAAUGAUGUCAUCCAUCCCAGGCGGAGGGUCCUCGUGAUCUAUCCAAUUUGCCUCCUGAAAGGUUCCAAUUGUAGCAAGGCGAUCAGCCGCAAAGUUUUGCUCUC